UCCGUAGCUGCAUCAUUACACGAUUGUUCUUUCCGAGUAUACAAUUCAGUGUUCAGAAUCUUCAUAUAAGCGGUUCUUGUUGGUUCAAAUCUUUGGUUCAGCUGAAAUUCCACUUUAAAAUUGGUUGUUUGGGUCCAGAUCAAAGCAGAUAAACGAGUGGCGGAGUAGAUCUCGCGGAGCUGUAAUCUGUCGAAUUUUCUCGGUGAAAAAACUACGAGAGUUCGGAUUAUUAUUAUUAUUAUUUGGAAUCUGAAGUCAAUUGUUUGGAAGCUUUUUAUUUUGAAAGCGUCUGUGAAUGCGACUCCGAUCUCAGGUGGAGGCGUAAAUUUUCCCGUCGAACAUCUUUCUCGAGUCUCGACGUGAAACAGAUCUGAUCUAAAGCAAUACGGAUUGGAGAAUUGUCUCUUCGCUUUUUCCCUUCAAAUCCUAGAGUUCAAACUCUUCGUAAUCAUCGAAUUGCUGUAGAAUUUUGAAUUUUAUUCGUCAGAAAUCAUCUUACAUAGUUAAUAUUUUCGGAUCCAAAGUUUAACCGCCAAGAAGGAAAAAAAAUCUGAAGCCAUAGAUGGAGCUUCCUCGAUCUUGGCCUUUGGAAGCUGAAGAACAGGCAGGAAAUCAACGCACGACUUUUUGUCACUUUACAGUCAUUCAAACGUCCAACAAGAUCCAAGGCCACCUUCUCAAGGUGGGUAUCUUAAAACUCACGACUUCCUACAACUGGAACGACUAGGGAAGGCAACUGCAAAAGAAGAAACCCCAGUCGAGGAAGCAAUGGCUGAGAAGCCUCCGGCUCCGGCCCCGGCACCUCCGGCACCACCACCUCGUUCUGUGGAACAUAUUCUUCCGGGUGGAAUUGGAACUUACAGUAUAAGUCAUAUUUCCUACAAAACAGAGGGGCCAUUAUUCACUACUGUAGCUCAAAGGAGUAGUAGCGAGAGAAAUGAUGAAACUUCCAACUGUAGUUCUUACACUGGAAGUGGUUUCACUCUAUGGGAAGAAUCUGCAGCAACUAAGAGAAAGACAGGGAAUGAGAAUACCGGAAAAACACCCGCCGUAAGAGAAGCGGCAAGGAAGGAGCCUCAAUGGGCCACAUCAUCGUUGGAGAGAGCAUCGCAAUCGUCAACAAAUAACUAUCACAACAGUUUCAGCUCUCUCUCUUCCUCUCGACCAUCAUCAAAGCAGAAAAGCUUCAUGGCAAUGAUAACAUCAGCAAAGGGUAGCGCACAAUAUGACGAUUUUGAGGAGGAUGAAGAUUUCAUUCUCAAGAAACAGAGUUCUACUACUACCCAAAGUAAAGGAGAACUGAGAGUAAAAGUGGAUGGAAAGAGUGCAGCCGAUCAGAAGGCCAACACCCCAAGAUCGAAGCAUUCCGCUACCGAACAGCGGAGGCGGAGUAAAAUUAAUGACAGAUUUCAGAUGUUAAGAGGUAUCAUGCCAAAUAGUGAUCAAAAGAGGGAUAAGGCCUCAUUCUUAUUAGAGGUUAUAGAGUACAUUCAGUUUUUACAAGAAAAAGUACACAAAUACGAGGGAGCAUAUCAAGGAUGGAACCACGAACCAUCAAAAUCGGUGCCAUGGAGCAACAACGAAAGACCCAGUGAAGAUCAUGCUGAUCAAACUCAAGCUAUAAAUGGCAUGUCGACUCCGGCCUUGGCAUUUUCGGUCGCCCCAAACAUCCCCGGAGCUGCAACGAACCCUGUAGAAUCUGAUGUGAACACAGCUACCACGUUGAGACCAAUAGACCUUGGUCCUGUUAUGAUGAAUAAGGCAAUGCCCUUUCUUGUGUCACCACAGCCGAACUUGAUUACCUCUCCCCAGAGUACAUCCAGAUUGCUAUCUGAUGCAGAAACCAAUGGUCCUCUUCCAAUUAAAAAGCCGAAAGUACAAGAGCUGACAGUUGAAGGUGGCACAAUUAGCAUCUCAAAUGUAUAUUCUCAAGGGUUGCCGAGUACUCUAACCCAAGCACUGCAGACAUCUGGAGUGGAUUUGUCACAUGCCAGCAUAUCAGUGCAAAUUGACCUCGGGAAGCAAUCUAGUAUUAAUUCUACUGCUCCAAAAUCCACACUUAAGAGUAGUAGAGAGACUCCUACAAAUCAAGGGACGGCACAUUCAAGAGUUGGAUUUAUUGAGGAUUCUGAUCGACUCAUAAAGAAGCUCAAAACCUGAAAAAAAAAAAGAGUAUAGCUUACACAUUUUUAACGUUAUUUUUUGGAGUAGCCUUCCCUUGUUCAAGGGUCACGUUACUCAAAUUCAUAUUUAGCCAG